UUAUUUUAAUGUUAACAAUUGCAUAGCAAAUCUAUAACAACAAAUGCAAUACAUUGGUUUGCUCAAAAUGCAAUAUCACGCUUGGUUAUCUAAAUACAUUUUCUGAUAGCUAUUUGCUAACGUUUGCUUUACUCCGCAUGUACAAAAACAAGUUUGUGCUCCAGUUUCCCGCAGCAGACGCUUGCAGACGUCACAAUUGAAACUUGUACCCGGCUUUCAGCCGUCAUCGCAUAUUUUGCAUUUCUGACUGUUCGAAGCAGUUAUAUAACUUGCGUUUAGUUCUCCGGAAGGUAGAUAUCACUAAUACGAUGAACUCCAAUAAGUCGAAUCCUUUUUAUUACUCCAUGAGUGGCAUCAGAGAAGAAGAUAAGAAACUGUUAGAGCCAAUCAGGUACAUUCUUCAAGUUCCUGGAAAACAAAUAAGAGUGAAAUUAAUAAAGGCUUUCAAUUACUGGCUGAGAAUAUCAGACGAGAAACUCCAAGCGAUCGAUGAUAUAGUAAAUAUGCUUCACAAUUCAAGCAUUGUGAUUGACGAUAUUCAAGACCAUUCUAUCAUGCGCAGAGGUAUUCCCGUUGCACAUUCAGUUUACGGAAUUGCUAGUGCAUUAAAUGCUGCAAGUUACAUAUUAUUUAUUGCUUUGGAACGAGUUGUAAAUUUACAACAUCCAAUGGCAACAAAAGUAUAUAUGGAACAACUGCUGGAGCUUCAUAGAGGUCAGGGAAUGGAUAUUUAUUGGAGAGAUAAUUUUAUCUGUCCAACUGAGGAAGAUUAUAAGACUAUGAUAAUAAGAAAGUGUGGUGGGCUUUUUAACUUAGCGGUAAGAUUGAUGAAAUUGUUUUCAACUUGUGAAGAAGAUUUUUCAUCGCUAAUAACUACUUUGGGAUUAUACUUUCAAAUACGUGAUGAUAAUUGCAACUUAUGUCUCGGUGAGUACACCGAAAAUAAAGGUUAUUGUGAAGAUUUGACCGAAGGAAAAUUCAACUUUCCAAUUAUUCAUGCGAUUAUGAGCAAUCCUGAAGAUAAACAAAUAAUAAAUAUUUUAAAACAACACACAAAGGAUAUUGAGAUGAAACGUCAUUGCAUUAAAUUAUUGGAAAGAUUUGGCUCUUUUAAAUACACGAGAAACGUACUUGAAGAACUGGACUCGACUGCAAGGGCUGAAAUUGAACGUUUAGGUGGAAAUCCAUUCUUGGUGAAGAUUCUGGACGAACUAAAGAAUUGGAAUACCAUAGAUGCGCCUAAAGACCUUUCAACCAAAACGUUUUAAAUAAAAAUUUCUUUAUUUUUUGUAAAGUAACGUGCAUACCAUAUAUACUUUUUUCG